AUGGGAGACGAUCCGGAUGGUUCGGGCGGGGGAUAUCAUCGCCCUCAGCGAAAGAGGGUCAGGACGACGAAGGUAUUGGAGAUGGAGCAGCAAAAUGGCGAUAUGGAAUGGCAGGAGGAAGGUGAGACCAGUGAGGGAGCUCUGGGACAAAACCGAGCUCGGAAGCAAGCUGCCCCCAAGUCAGCUGGCGGUAUGGUCGAGGCAGGCGCAGUCCAGCGCUUGAAGCAACUACUAGAGCAGGACUUAAACAAGAAAAUCGAAGCGAUGAAGGCCGAAUUUCAGCUCGAGUUCACCAAGCUCAGUGAUCGCAUAGCCGAGGAAGUCGCCAGGGCCAUGGCCCAGAUGGCACAAGAAUUAUCGCAAGUCCGAGACCAGCUCACCCAG